CCUAAGAGUGAAAGCACAGCAUGCUCACAGAUGAUGUGCUGGCUUCGCAGCUAUACACGAUGAGAACGCCUUUCCUGGGAAAAUGUUAAUCUUACUUUUAAGGUCUUUCCAAAUGAUACUGAAUGUAACAGAUAACUGCUUUCAGUAUAGUACUUCACUAUCUCUUGAACAAGACUCGUACCCUUUUUCUGGGGGUGAAUCAUUACUGUCUUGUGACAGUAUUCUCAUGUGCUUUUAAAAGAGCUAGUUUAUCAUCAUCUUCACCAGAGCUGAACCAGAAGAUCAGGUGGACUAUUAUGAUUUCUUAUUCCUUCUUGAUUUCAAGGCACAGGAGGGUUGUAAAUUAAACAUGUUUCCUUAAAUCAGUAGCAUAGUGCACGUGCUAGUUUUUAAAUGCAAACUAAUUAUGCCCAAUCUACCUUAAAUUGAAGCAUAACUCUUCAAUUACAGCUAAGAGGUUGUGCAAAUGGAUUACUAAUUGCUGUAUAUUAGGGGGUGGGUUUCACAGCAGUUGGUAGUUUGCUUUAGGCUGGUGCUGGGGAGCUUCACGCAGCAUUAUCUGUGAUGAUUAGUGGUUUUUGAGGCAGAAACAAGUGAGAUUAUUUUAAACUGAUUGUUUUUAGGUAUUUCAUGAGUAAGUGAUGGUGAGGUUUUAUAGCUAAAUUUCCAAAGAACUCCUGAUCUAAUGAGUAUGAGAUCUUGCUCAGUCUGUACUUAUAUGCAGAUGAUUAUUCUUAGCUCUUGUUUUCGCUACAGUGUAUUACAGGGAGUCCUAAAUUGGUUCCUGUUCUAUGCUACUGGCUUACUGUAGGAAAAGGAAAAGACCCUGGCCUCUGGUUUCCUGUCUCUUAUGUCAUUCCAGCCUAUAGUUCUGGCUUUGAUAGCCAGGCAGUGGAAGUCAGAUAACAGAAAACAUUCCUCUGCAUGAAAUAUAUGUAGAGCUUGCAGAAGGAGGUUAUUCUUAACAUUUUGCUUCCAGGUUUCGCUGCAGAACUUUUUCUUGUAAGUACAAAGAAUUUCUUCUCAAGUGAAGUGCUUAGUGAUACUUCUCUAAUUUUAACUAUAAGUGUGUGGGAAUUUCACGUGCUCUGUGAAGAGUCUCUUCUGUUUAGCACUGAAGCUGUGGAAGAGUGCGGAGCAUAGCACGUAGCUACUUAGGGAAUAAGUGUUCUUGCUGUGUUUUGUGUUUUGAUAGCUUUCUGUUUCUGAGCUGGGCCAGGCUGUGGGACUCCAUUUUGCUUUCUGGGUCUUCAAAGCUGUAAUUGCCUGGAGCGAGACGUAGGGAUUACAUGAUUAGCUCUGUGGCUCAGCAGAUUUAGUUAAACUGAGAAAUGUGUGCUAGCAGCUCUAAUACUUAAUAUUCAUAUAAUGGCAGAGUAACUCCUGACUCUAACAAGCUUUAGCUUUCAAUGAGAAGGAAAUCCAUACUUCUGUAAAUGAAGUGUUAACUUCAGUGCAUGUUUUCUUUUAAAAACCAGAAAUAUGUUUUCUGGUGCUGUAGGUGGGAGGAAAUAAAAAACUAAUACCCAACCAAAAAAAGCUAAAUCCACGGGAGGCUUUUCCUAACCCUUUUCCUUUCUGUGUGCUUGGAAAAGCUGAUCUGUGUGGGCUGUGAGGAAUCUUCGGUGUGUUUUCCUCCAUGGAAAAUCAGCACCUGGCUGGUACGGUGAGGGUAACAGCAAAGGUGUUUUCCUGUCUGUACACUGCUGACUGUUCCCAUGCUCAUAGGAUUACGGAGCAGAAGAUUAAGCUGGUGUCCUCAGCGCUGUUUUAUGCAGGUUAUUUUUGUAUGUGGGAAGUGAAACGCUGAAUUCCUGCCACCUGGAGGGGCACGCUCCUUGUAUCACCUUUGCCACCACAAUUUCCAGGCUCCCUCAGAUGGUGGAGUGACAAAGAGACUUUGUGAUUCUUUAUUUACUGCCCAUCUUGGCAAAAGCAGGGCAGGAGCGCUCUUAUCCAUUCACCCCUUGGCGUUAGAGGAAAUCCAGUUGAGCUACGCUGGAGCCUCCCGACUAAAUGCUAAGUUCCCCAUCCUUCAGCACAGAUGCAGCAUUAGCAACUGAAGAUCUUAAAAUAGUGCUUGGGUUGCUUUGUGCCUUGUGAUAGCACGAUUCUGAGGCAAGGCUUAAUCCUGCAAACAUCCGCGCUCCACGGUGGUCUGCUGGUGCCUGCAGAGUGCUGCUGAGGAGGAGAGCUGCCGGCUCCUUGAAGGAAAUUUCCCAGCUUGCCAUUUCUAGAUGGGAGUUAAUAAUUCAUGGGAAAAGGAGAGGAACGCAGUGCUGCUGCUGUCCUUCAUGUGUUCUUGUAGCACAUACUAGGUAGGCUCUUUAUGAAGGUAAGCAGUGUGAAAUCCUACCAAAAGCUGUGCUUGGGUCCCUCCUGCCUUACUGUUUGCUUUGCCGUGUAGGUGAUACAUGGAUGAGUAACAGGAGAUACCUGAAUGUGGCUCAUCUCCUCCUCCUCCUCCCUUCCAGCUGUCUCUUUCCCUUCCCCCAGCCUGGCAUGUGUGCAUGUGGGUGUGUGUUUGCUCCGUACAGGUGUAUUUGUUUCAUAAUCUGCAAAAGCCUCCAAGCUGUUGGUGGCGGUGGAUUUGGAGAGUGUACCCAUAGCUUUAAGGAUUCCUCCCUUUUCUGAAAAUCUUGUUUCCUCUGCAUCCUACAGAGACCCAAGAACUUCUUUCGUUAUCCUCAAAAAUGAGCUAUUAUAAACAAAAAUCCGACGACUGUAAAGCUGUUUCUGAUAACUUACCUUGGAAAUUGGUUUGUAGUAUUUUGAGGCAGUGCAGUGAUAUGGGAUAGCCACUGUUCUCUGAGCUUGCUCCCUAUCCAAUUUCACAAUGCCUUCUCUUUAUCAACCUGCCCUCCUGGGUUUUAAUCUUUGUAAAUACCAGAGAGCAUCCCCUUUAAGGGAUGCAGCCAACAGUGACCUGACUUGUACUCCUGGUUGCUUCUUCCCUAGGAUAUGCUGCUUACUUUCUCUCUCAUUUUUGUGUGGGAGCCAGUGCUGGGGAGGAGAUAGCAGGGGAGGAGUAGCAGGGAGAGGAAAGCACACUCUCUGCCACCUCUUUAGACUUGUUUUCAUCCACCGUGUGAACUGAAGUUUCAGGCUUUAUGUGGAAACUAGGUGAUUCUUCUCUACCAGUCAGCAGAAUACUUUCAGAGCAGAAACCUUUCAGAGCGGGGUAAUUAAGUCUUAAGCAGUUACUUGCCUCUGUGGUGACCUACUUUGGCUUUUUAAAUUUUGUAGAAUAAAUGAAGGUUUUAAGGAGAUGCCCUGAAAAGUGAGUAUAUGUGUUAAGCACUUAAUGCUGCAGGUCACCAAAAGCUAGGACACGUGUUGUGGUACAUCACAAGAUGAGUCUUUGUGUGUAUUUUUUUCCUGUAACAGUCCUCCGAAAAUGAUGAGGAUGUUUGAAAAACAAAACCAAACAAACUGGUAAUCAGAUAUAAUAUUGCAGGACAUCCGUUUCUCCUUCUUUGUAAUUUAAGGCAUCUGCUUCUUGAAACUGGAGCUAAUUACCCUGCAGCACUUGUGCUUUGGGGAGUGUGCUGUAAUGUCUGUGUGUGUGUGUGUGUGUUCAUACUACUUAGAGGUAUUUUUUUGAAGAAAAUAGGUCAUCAUCUCUGUGCAACAUUGUUGAAGACCAGAAUUAUUAAGUCUCAAAACCUUCAGUGUGCUGCAAUAGAUGUGAAAGGAUUAAAGUGGGGAUUUGAGGGGUAGGUUUGCCAGCAGCAUAACUGGCUUUUUAAAGUUCCUUUAAUUCUCUGCCUCUGUCCCUUCAGAUGUUUAAUAUUCUUAGGCAGUGCAGUUCGUAGCCAAUUGGCUCAUGCUCCGCCACAGGCAAGAGACAUUUAUAUUCCAGGGCUGCCUUCACCUCCCCUUUGCUGCAUUUCAGCCUUUCUGCUGAAAUUAUCCUCUACAUGUUUCCGUGAAAAGCAGCAUUACAUCUUCAGCUGCGACUCCUGGCCAGCCCUUAAUUCUAGCUGAUGUGGUGAGUGAAUGAGGCCCACGGCAAACGACACAUGAGGAAAGGCUCUGCCUGGAUAAAUACGGUCACUGCCCCUUCUUGUUAAAGUGUGGCCAUCUUCUGCAUGUCUCAAGUGAGGAUAUCUCUCUGGAGUGGGAGAGCAUUUCAGAUCAGCUGAAUAUGUGGAGAGCUUGGAUUUUUCUCGCAGCCGAGGCUGGAAGCACGGAGUGACAGUGCUGCUAGCACUGCCUUCCUGGCGAUGUCGGCUCUGCGGAGAGUUAACCGUAAACUCAAGAAUGAAAGCGCUGUGGGAUCCGGCGACUCUCUGUACCGUAUGCUGUAUUUGAGUACAGAGCAGGUCGCUGCUUUCUGUCGCAGUCUUCAUGAAAUGAACCCUUCUGACUCAAGUGCUCAUCCUCAGGAAUUCACAGGACCCCAACUGGCCACCAUGAGGCAACUCACAGAUGCAGAUAAACUGCGAAAGGUCAUCUGCGAACUUCUCGAAACAGAGCGCACCUACGUCAAAGACCUAAACUGUCUAAUGGAGAGAUACCUGAAGCCUCUACAAAAAGAAACGUUCCUCACACCAGAUGAGCUGGAUGUUCUCUUCGGGAAUCUGACUGAAAUGGUAGCAUUUCAGGUAGAAUUCCUGAAAACUCUUGAAGAUGGAGUAAGGCUGGUUCCAGACCUGGAAAAGCUUGAAAAAGUUGAGCAAUUUAAGAAAGUGCUGUUUUCCUUGGGUGGAUCCUUCCUUUACUACGCCGACCGUUUCAAGCUGUACAGUGCCUUCUGUGCCAGCCACACGAAAGUCCCAAAAGUACUGGUGAAAGCCAAGACAGACACUGCUUUCAAGGCAUUUCUGGAUGCUCAGAAUCCCAGACGGCAGCACUCUUCCACGCUGGAGUCUUACCUCAUCAAACCCAUCCAGAGGAUACUGAAAUACCCUCUCUUGCUGAAGGAGCUCUUUGCUCUGACUGAUGUGGACAGUGAAGAACAUUAUCACCUCGAUGUGGCCAUAAAAACAAUGAACAAAGUUGCCAGCCAUAUUAAUGAAAUGCAAAAAAUCCACGAAGAAUACGGGGCAGUGUUUGACCAACUCAUAGCAGAACAAACAGGAGAGAAAAAAGAGGUUGCAGACCUUUCAAUGGGGGAUUUGCUCUUGCAUAACACAGUGAUAUGGCUUAAUCCUCCUGCUUCACUAGGGAAAUGGAAGAAGGAACCUGAGUUGGCAGCAUUUGUGUUCAAAACUGCUGUGGUCCUUGUGUACAAGGAUGGUUCCAAACAGAAGAAGAAACUUGGAGGAUCACAUAGAGCUUCAAUUUAUGAAGACUGGGAUCCAUUCCGCUUUCGUCACAUGAUACCUUUGGAAGCACUGCAGGUUCGAGCAUUGGCAAGUGCAGAUGCAGAGACCAAUUCUGUAUGUGAGAUUGUCCACGUUAAAUCUGAGUCUGAAGGCAGGCCAGAAAGAACGUUUCACCUUUGCUGUAGUUCACCAGAACACAGGAAGGACUUUCUGAAAGCAGUGCAUUCAAUUCUGCGGGAUAAGCACAGAAGGCAGCUUCUUAAAACUGAAAGUUUGCCCUCAUCCCAGCAAUAUGUUCCUUUUGGUGGAAAAAGAUUGUGUGCUCUAAAAGGUGCAAGGCCAGCCAUGAACAGGGCAGUGUCAGCCCCAAGCAAGUCUCUUGGGAGGAGGAGGCGGCGGCUGGCCCGAAACAGGUUUACCAUUGACUCAGAUGCCGUCUUCACAAGCAGCCCCGAAAAAGAGCCCCAGCAGCCCACGCACGGUGGGGACACUGACCGCUGGGUAGAGGAACAGUUUGACCUUGCUCAGUAUGAGGAGCAGGAGGACAUCAAGGAAACGGACAUCCUCAGCGAUGACGAUGAGUACUGUGAGGCCAUGAGGGGUGCCGUGGCCGACCGAGACCUUCGGGAGCGGCUGCAGGCAGCCUCCAUCACGUGCCGUGGAGACCGCUCGCGCCCGGCCAUGGACACGCACGCCUCCAGGAUGACCCAGCUGAAGAAGCAGGCGGCCUUGACCGGCAUCAACGGUGACGUGGAGGGCCACGGCGAGGAGGUCAUCUGGGUCAGGCGCGAAGACUUUGUCCCGAGCAGGAAACUGAACACGGAGCUCUAAACCGGUCCCCUUCCCUGCCCAGAUGCGUAGGUCUCCCCAUCCUGCCCGCUCUCCCUCCCGCUCUCGGCGCACCGCCGAGAACCAGUCCCCAUAGAUUGCACACUUGCACACACCAUUAUGGCAGCUGAAUUGGUCUGAAGCCAUGCGGCCACACUUUAGGCAACUGUAAAACGCUCAAAACUUGGAACGGAAUAACCUUAAGGUCCUGUCUUACGUUACCAAGGGCUUUCACACUAUUUUAUUUAUUCUAACAUAAUCAGGGGCUGAAAUUAAGUAUGGGGAAAAUAUAAUCACUGGAAAACAAAUUACUCUGGAUGUCUUAACCUACGUACAGCAAACUAGCUUAUACAAUAGCACAACGAACAAAGGGUUUUAUAGCCGUAAAAUGUCAACCGUAGGUUCAUCUCCUGAAUGAGGAAACUGCCUUUUUAACAUGUACAGUUGCAGUAUUCUUAUUACUUUUCCCUCUUUAAAUGUAAAAGAAUAUACAUGUAUUUUAGGAAUGUGUGAGGAAAGGUUUGGGAUUUAUGUUGUGUUAAGUCCUCUUGGUCUGUGGCUGGUCUAAUUUAAUGUCAAUGUUGGAAGCUCUAGUUUUGCAUAAUGUUGUAAAGAUGCCAAACUCUCUUAAGAGAUCCAAAUUUAACACUUGAAGAAAUAUUUUUUUGUAUUUUACCUGAGAUGCAGGGGCACAAAGGGAUAAGAAUUUUACAGUGUUAGCUUAGCUCCAUGUCUAGGAUACAAGGCUAGCUUUUUGCAGAGGGUUAGGAAUGGUGGGUUUUAUAUUAAAAUAUGAACUGGAAACUCUUAUUUAGAUAUAACUUUCUUCAAGAAAAGGAUUAUUGUAUAUGUUUGAAGCUGGAGUUUAGUUAGAUAAUAAAAAGAAUAAAAUGACAUUACUGAAUUAUAGUGGAGCAGACUGAUCCGUGGUGCAACCUUGCUGCCACUGGGGCAGCAGCAUUGUGGAUUCAUUUGGUCUGCUUUCUCUGACACAGUUUGGGCUUAGGGGACAGGGAAUCCAUGGCCAAAUAAACUGACCUCAUCCAUUCUCCUACUGUGGGUGAAACUAGUGUAUUUUAAUUCCUUUAUGAAAGCUUUUCCACCGCAAUAGAAUACGAGCAAGUUCUAAACCUCUUCAACAUUUUAAAUCUUUUAUUUAAGCAUCUGAAACAGGGUAAAAUGUGACUAAAAUGGUUUUUAAGUAGACUUCCAAAUGCAAAACACAAAAAGCACUUUUUUUUUUUUUUAAGAAUUUAUAUAGCUUUUCCCAUUUCAGUUUCACCUAUGAGGAAAAAAAAAAAAAAAAGGAAGAUUAUAUGAAGUUUUCUUUUUUUUGGUAUCUAUUGGUGUUUGACACAUCAGUAGGUACUUUGAAAACCUGAAAUUUUAUAAUAACUUUAGGAUUAUAUUUUAUAAAAUCCACUCUGACUAUAUUUUAAAACAUAACGAAAAUUAUUCCCCCCAAAAUUCAUCACUGUCUUUGUGUCCCACUUAGCAUAUCCCCCUCUCCUCUACCCUUUUCUGGUUUCUGGUGCACUAUACUUGUUCUUAUGAAAGCUUUCUCUCUUAACCUUUUGCUAUCCUCUCAUUUCUUUUCGUAAAAGCUUUAGAAAGGUUUCUAUACCCUUUGUAUGAUCACAUCAUUGUUUUAUAUCAUCUACCCAUCAGUUGUGUCCCAGCAUACUAGAAAAGCAGAGGUUUUAGCUGUCCUGUGUUGUACCCAGUGGAAUACAGUCAGUUCUGGAAUACUGGAAGGCUGGUACUGGGAAGGUACCGUUGUUCUUGUACAUAAUGUCAUGACAUGUCUAUGUCAAAGGUUCUUAUAUAUUUCUUUUAUAAGCUGAAAGAAGGUCUAUUUUUAUGUUUUUAGUUCUAUGAAUGGAACGUUGUAAAUGCCUGUCAGAAAUAAAAUACUGGAAAAAACA